CCUAUCGCCGUCUACCGUCCCACUCUGUUGUUGCGCAAGUAUCGUCUGUCUCGCUCGGCUGGCUCAGGCCACCACCUGAUAUCUAGUUCGCAUUUUCGCGGGUGUUUAGCCGCGAUAAGGUGGCAUCUUGACCGGGUAACAUUGCUUCAGCACAACACGAGCUCGACAUAAACCGCCAAAAUGUUUAAAAGUCAUUUAGAAAUGAUUGGCAGAAACGAGACGCCAUCAAAGAAAGCCAGAUUCUGGCAAUCUUUCGUGCGAUCUCUAAAAGGAUCUGAAGACAUCAGGGCCGAGGAGAGAUACAGGCCCACGCGCCGCAGCGUGUUCCCCGAACUCCUGUCCUCCUCCUACCCCUACAGCAAGUCGAUCUACGACGACCCCAUCGCCGCGGCCGAGAGGAUCACCGUCCCCGGCUACCGCUACCUGCCCGUCCACCGCGAGGUCUACGGCUACUCCCCACGCCCCAUCUACGCUCACAACUACUCGCGCUCCCUCGACCGGUACCGGCCAGUAUACCACGUGCCCAGGCGCGUGCGACGUGGCGUGGACCCCUUCGACGCGCACAAGGCGUGGCAGGACCACCUGGACAGGCUGGCCGCCAUCGACCGCCUGUACCCCUCUCGCUACGGCCUCUACCUGAAGGACAGGGCCUACCCCAUCACCGACCUGAGCGCACCCAUCACCGAACCCAAGAGCCUAAAAGGCAUCGAAUAUGAGCCCGACAACAAGCCGCACUGGGGAACAGGAGCGUGGCCAUCGAAGAUAUCGGACGUGUUCAAAACCGACCCAUUUUUCGCGGAAGCCGAAAGAUGGUCAGAUUUUGACCGCUCACUCCGAGGGAAGUCCCCAACUCCAGUGAAGCCGAGAAUAAGCCAACCUCGCGACUGCGAGGUGGCGUUUGAUGCCGACGGUGCUCCGCUGUACACCGCCGGCGGGCUCAGGCGCAGGCCUUGGGCCGACAUUUUCAACCCGAGCCCGUCCCUGCCGAUCUCGGCCAUCACUCGGGACCCCUUCUGGUACGACUGGCCGGAGCUCAAGCCCCUCGCGCGAUGGGACCGCAGCCCCUCUUACAUCCGCGACUCCUACCUGUCGCCAGUCAAACGCACCUUCCUUUGGGACAAGCACCCGAUCAGACCUCUAGAUUUAAUGGUGGCUGACGCGCUCACCGUGGAUGACCUAAGCAAGACUUUACCGUUCAUGCGUAGUCUAUAAAAUGCAAAUAUCCAGCUGCUGCUUUUUAAGGGCCUGACUUCGAACUCAUUUUAUUUUAAGUAAUGAACAUCUUUCUACCUAAUUUAUUAUUUUAUAAACAUUCGUCUGUUAACUUUGACUAUGUUAAUAAAGGAUGAUUAAAUAAAGAAACAGUUAAUAAUGGACAUUAUUAAAAAGGUUUUCACCGAAGAUCUCUAAAGACUGCAAUAACAUAGUCACUGCCGCGGAAAUGAAUACUUGUUACAAAUUUUGUUUAUAUUAAAACAUUUUUAUGUAUUCCAAAAAAGAAAAAAAUCAAUAAAAUCAGAAAACC